UUCUUCUCUUAUUUUUUAUUUCCGCGUCUGUCUUUUCGUUUUCAUCCUCUCUAAAAAUGGACACCAGCCGGCGUCCUCCGUCUGAACCAUCACGUCCCCCCGUCAACCGCAACGGGCGGAUCCACCAACGGAAGCCAGUGGAGGACCGUUCUCCGUCGCCGACUCGAAAAGCAUCGGACGCUCUUCCAGUACCGCUGUACCUGACAAAUGCAAUAUUCUUCAGCUUAUUCUUCUCCGUCGCCUAUUACCUUCUCCACCGGUGGCGCGACAAGAUCCGCAAUUCCACUCCGCUUCACGUCGUUACGCUCUCCGAAAUUAUCGCCAUUGUCUCUCUCAUUGCCUCUUUCAUUUACCUGCUCGGUUUUUUCGGAAUCGAUUUUGUCCAGUCAUUCAUCGCACGCGCUUCUCCUGACGCGUGGGACCUCGACGAUUCCGAUCCUAAUUACCUCAUCAACGAAGAUCACCGCCUUCUUACUUGCCCGCCUGCCGCAUUGCGCAUUCCGGAGCCCGGAAUUACGCAUGCAGCCGCCUCCGAGGAAGACGAAGAGAUUGUGAAGUCCGUAAUCGAUGGAACCAUUCCGUCUUAUUCGCUUGAAUCGAAGCUGGGCGACUGCAAACGCGCUGCCACAGUGAGGCGGCUGGCCUUGCAGAGGAUGAUGGGGCGGUCGCUCGAGGGUUUGCCGCUAGAAGGAUUCGAUUAUGAGUCGAUUUUAGGGCAAUGCUGCGAAAUGCCAGUCGGGUACGUGCAGAUUCCGGUCGGCAUCGCGGGGCCGCUGUUGCUAGACGGGCGGGAGUACUCUGUUCCGAUGGCGACUACAGAGGGUUGUUUGGUAGCGAGUACUAACAGAGGGUGUAAAGCGAUCUACUUUUCGGGUGGGGCGACCAGCGUGCUGCUCAAGGAUGGUAUGACCAGAGCGCCUGUCGUUAGAUUUGGGUCCGUCACAAGAGCUGCUGAUUUGAAGUUUUUCUUGGAGAAUCCUGACAAUUUUGAUACAUUAUCCGUCGUUUUUAAUAGGUCAAGCAGAUUCGCAAAGCUUCAAGGUAUUCGAUGCUCUAUUGCCGGUAAGAAUCUAUACAUGAGAUUCAGAUGCGGCACUGGCGAUGCUAUGGGGAUGAAUAUGGUCUCCAAAGGGGUUCAAAACGUUCUCGACUUUCUUCAAAAUGAUUUUCCUGAUAUGGAUGUUAUUGGCAUCUCAGGAAACUUUUGUUCGGACAAAAAGCCUGCUGCUGUAAACUGGAUUGAAGGACGUGGCAAGUCGGUUGUUUGUGAGGCAAUUAUCAAGGAAGAGGUAGUGAAGAAGGUGUUGAAAACUAAUGUUGCUUCCCUUGUUGAACUCAACAUGCUCAAGAAUCUUGCUGGUUCUGCUGUUGCCGGUGCUUUGGGUGGAUUUAAUGCCCAUGCAGGCAACAUAGUCUCUGCAAUCUUUAUUGCUACCGGCCAGGAUCCAGCACAGAAUGUAGAGAGCUCUCACUGCAUUACCAUGAUGGAAGCUGUCAAUGAUGGACAAGAUCUUCACAUUUCCGUGACCAUGCCAUCCAUUGAGGUGGGUACAAUCGGGGGCGGAACUCAGCUUGCAUCUCAGUCUGCUUGCCUUAAUUUACUUGGUGUGAAGGGUGCAAAUAGAGAGGCGCCAGGAUCAAACUCAAGGCUCCUAGCUACCAUUAUAGCUGGCUCAGUUUUGGCUGGUGAGCUCUCCCUGAUGUCCGCCAUUGCAGCCGGGCAGCUUGUGAAGAGUCACAUGAAGUACAACAGGUCCAGCAAAGAUAUCACUAAAGCUGCAUUGUAAAGUGGGGCUGGCAAUGGAAAUGAGCUAGAAAUAAAUAUGGAAAUGAGUCCGAGGGAGAGAAGAUUUGCUAGGAAACAAAAAAUCUAGUUUGUUGGGUGGGCAUGUGAGGUUGGUUAGCAUUUGCAGCUGUAAAGUUUCUAUAAUAUGCAAUGUUUAUUUAGGAAUGAAGCAUUGUAAUGAUGCUCUGUUUCUCCCUCUUCGGCUGCACUUUCAUUUUCUACUCUCCCCCACUUGUGAGCAAAAUGUAACCCCACCUAAAUGUUGGGUGGAUGUAAGUCGUGUUCUAGUUGUUAAGGUUCUAUUUAUAUGCUCUGUUCAUUGUUGUUUAGUUACCUAAUUGUGUUUGUAGUUUGGGGACCAAUAACUCUAGUUUUUCUAAAUGCUUUGAUUUCACUCCUUACUGUCGCAUUGUACACCAGAAUUAUGAUACUGAAUAUUAUUAUGUAUUUGAGUUUGUGUUAACAUUUAAA